AUGUUCAAGGGUUGCUGUCCACAAUCGCGAACUCGCAACUCCACUUUAACCGCGAAGGCUGUAAACUUAGGCCAGUAUCACUGUCUGAGAGCUGCCGAAGUAACCGCCAUCCGCUUCGGCGUGCGCUCUGCUGUCCAGGAGCAAGUUCUCGCCAAUAAGACUCGCACUUUUGGGGGCCGUGAGAUGUGGGCGCAUGCAAAGCCCUCCUAUGUCAACCAAUAA